CUCUCAAACCUCAGAAAAUCUACAACCCUCGUCAUAAAAUCUCUCUAUAAUGGACGAUCCAUGGCAACUCUUUUUCUGCCGGAACACAUAAUUUUGCAAAUUUUGAUAUGGCUCCCUGUGCGAUCUCUGUUGCGUUUCAAAUCUGUGUGUACAUCUUGGUAUGCCCUCAUUCAGUCACCCUACUUCAUAAAACACCAUGCCACUACUACUACUACGGUGGACGACAACAACUCCAAGCUAGGAGGCACCUUCAUCUGCCAACACCAACGAAAACUUGCGUUUUAUUUGCUUUCUGAUAAAUGCCUCAAGGAGGUGGAGGAUCUAUUCGAACGACUGUGUGUAUUAUCUGAGUAUCAGAUGACGUAUCGCCGUGCCAUACGUAUGGUCGGUUGUGUUCAUGGAAUAAUUUGCAUGCACAACAAUGUAACCGGGGAUAUUGGUCUUUGGAAUCCUGCUACGAGACAAUGCAGACUUCUACCGAAGUCAUUGGACUUGGAAUUGGAGCUAAACCCCAUGGGUUGGUAUUCGCCUCAUUCUUUUGUUGGUCUCUGUUUUGAUAUUGAAACCAAUGAAUAUAAGGUGAUACGAGUUUCUACUUUCGACCGCCCAUAUGUAGAAAAUCCUUAUGCAAGCGUUAACAGCUUGCGUAAAGUUCAGAUAUACUGCCUAGGUAGUGAUUCUUGGAAGUUGAUAGACUCAGAUUUCCAUACUAAUUGUUAUAGACUAGAAGGACAAGGAGCGGGAAAGAGUUGGAACGGUUUUUAUUUCCAUCAAGGAGUGGACCACACUGUAGAUCCCAUAAAGCCUGUGAUUUUGUCAUUUGACUUGAGGAAAGAAAAAUACCAAAGACUAGUACCAAUUCCGGAGAAGGAUAAUUGGCUUCAGUUAGAAUCAAUAGAUGAUAAAUUAGCUUGCAUUACGUAUCCCAUGGAUCAUGACAUUUUAAUAUACAAGGUAUGGAUGUUGAAUGAUUGCAAUACAACGAACGAGUUGUGGACUGAGCUUUACAGAAUUGAUUUCAUGUCUCCAGAUAUUCAAACAAGGUAUGAUGGUUUUUGUUCUCGUAUCCUUGCAAUUUCUUGGAAUGGAAAGUUUGGUUUAUUGGACAACGAAACUUUGUCGUGUUACAACUCUAUUAUUGAUGAGAUUGUGGAUCUUAGUUUCGGAGAAGGAAUAAAAUUGGAUUUGAGAUCUCUUCAGGCUACUAUUUAUAAGGAAAGCCUUGUUUCUGUCGAUGCAAGUCAUUCAACAACUAAAGCUAUCUCCUCCUAA